AUGAUGCGCAUUUUUGGAUAUGUUCAUAAGUUCCUCAGUAAAAAAAGGUCACCUGAUCUCUCGUCUGAAGACCUUCGCCAAGGAUCGCAUUUGUUGUGUCGCAUCAUUCAACGCGCCCACCUGUAUCCUGAGUACCGUGCUCUGCGGAAGGGGAACUGUGUGGAGUCCUCCAGCAGCAUCAUAUCUCUCUCGCCUUUCAUAGAUGACUUUGGUUUGAGUCGUGUUGGUGGUCGCUUGCGGCACUCAACGCUUGGCUUCGAUGCACGCCACUCAAUCAUUUUGCCCAGGGAUCAUCCAUUGACGUUCGCCAUCAUCAUACACUUUCAUCGGAAGCAUCACCAUGCUGGGCCGCAGUCUCUACUGGGAUCUAUUCGCUUGCAGUUCUGGCCCAUCGGCGGCAUGAAAACUGUUGCUCGAGCGUUGCGGAAAUGCAUCAUCUGCUGCAGGUCCAGACCUCGUCUUGUGGAGCACAUAAUGGCUGACCUAACGAGGGAUCGAGUGCAGGAUUCGCCUGCAUUCAGCGUCACUGGAAUCGACUACUGCGGUCCCUUCUAUUACAAGCCAGAUGGGCGCACUCGAACGCCUACAAAAUGCUACAUCAGCGUCUUCAUCUGUUUUGCAACAAAGGCCGUUUGGUUGGAAUUAGUGAAGGACCUCACAACUGCAGGAUUUUUGAGUGCCCUCAACCGCUUCGUUGCCACGCGCGGCAUACCCCGAUGCAUUUGGUCGGACAAUGCCACCAAUUUUGUGGGCGCAAGGAACGAGUUGGAGGACCUUCGGCGGCUGUUUAUGAGCGAGAAGCACCGUGAUGCAGAUAUAAUAUAUAAUCAUUGCAUCAACAAUGGCUUCAAUUGGAAGUUUAUCCCGCCUCGCUCACCCCACUUCGGGGGCUUGUGGGACGCAGCAGCAGUGAAGAUGGCCAAGCAGCAUUUAUAUCGUUCCUUGGGAUCGUCACUCUUUGGCUUUGACGAGCUGCGGACACUGGUCUGCCAAAUCCAGGCUGUAAUAAAUUCUCGUCCUCUUCUCGCAAUUUCAGAAAACCCUGAAGGUCUUGGCGUCCUUACACCAGGACAUUUGCUAAUUGGUCGUCCGCUAAUGGAGUUUCCCGAGCCAGACUUUACUAAUCUAAACUUUAACAGACUAGAUUGCUGGCAAAGAGUCGCCUGUGCUCAGCAGAUCUUUUGGAGGCGUUGGAGUGAGGAGUAUUUGACUCUGCUCCAACAACGUGCCAAAUGGCGCACACCGCAGCCAUCGAUCCAAGUCAACGACAUCGUCUUUAUCAAGGACGAAAACUUGCCGCCUUUGAAGUGGCCAUUAGUGGUGAUCGACGUCAUCGCUGGAGCUGAUGGGACUGUGCGAGUUGCCAUCCUGAGAACACCAUCUGGAACCACUCGUCGAGCUGUCAACGAGCUGUGCGUCCUACCCGUUGAGGAUCCUGUUAAAAGCCGUGGUCUUUCAACGGGGGGGAGUAUGUUCGGAGCAGCAGCCGUUAAUAAGUUCUUAAGAAAUUAA